AUGAAACCAUCAUCUUCUUCAUCAUUGUCCACGUCAACAUCCGUUACUGCAAGUACCUCCCAGAGGCGAUUGAUUUCCUGUUCAAAUAGUGAACGUGAAACACCCGCAAUUAUACCUUUGGAUUAUAAUUAUCAUAUUAUGGCUCCUUCUUCUCAUCAACUCACUUAUAAUGCUCGGUCAGCCGGCCUCCAUCCUCCGCAUGAGCCUGAAGUAGAUGUUGACAUAGAGGUAGAUUAUCCGUAUAGCAGUUUAUUCGGCGAUCCUAUACCACCGCCGCCGCCUGAUGAUUAUUUUGGUGCUGCUCUUCAGACUCCUCCGUUUUUACGUUGCACUUCUUUAGAUUUUAGUUCAGAAGAGGAUCAUUUACUUAAUCAACCUGUUAUGAAGGACCAUCCACCGUCACGUUUAUUUUCACAAGUUCCUUAUACCUCAGCUUUAGAUCGCAAAUUUUCAUCAUCUCUACAACAAACCGCCAUACCGCGUUUAAAACCACCAGAUAUACAUAUUUUACCGAACACUAGCUCCGGUGGUGGCUCCAGUUCCGAAAAACAGCAGUCUCCGAAUCUUACUUUAUCCACAUCUUACGAUAACACCUUAAAACCCUCUUCCUUUGAUAUAAAUGAAAAUAUGAAAACAUCAAAAGGACAUACUGAAGGUAGCCGUCGAGUUUCGAAUAUAUCUGCAGAUUUUCAGGCCCACGUGGGAGGUUUAAGCAGCUGUCAGAAGCCUUCUAAAAUUCCUAUGCCACGACAGUUUUCUCAGGAUUCUUUCUCAAGUGGUGAGUGGUUUCGUUCUUCCACUUUGGAUUAUCCGGAAUUUUGCAAAAUGCCUAAAUUGCGGCCAAGUUCUAAAAACGUUAUGUCCAUUAAAUGCGCUGAAAUGCCUACGGACUCUCCAGUAGCGGCCAUGAUUAAUGAUUCCAAUGGUUCUAGUAGCGAGCGUGAAGAACGUCUCAUGCAAGAUACUCAGGUAUUGGAGGCACCGUCUGCUUAUUUAGAAGACCUACAGAUUAAGGAUAAAACUAGAAGCCUAUCCUCCUUGAAUGAAGCUAUAGUCUUAUCGCCUAGAGAAUAUAUCAAACAAAGGCGGAAAAGUGUAAUACCUCAAGUAGAGGCAGAAAGAUCAAGUGUCUCCUCACCUGUAAGAGAAUCAGCACCAUCCUUACUGCCAAAACCUCUAGAUAUACCCGAAACAAUAGAUGAAACGCAAAGUUUUAAACAUGAAAACUCACCUGUGAUUUUAAAAGACUCUAUAACAACGGGGGGAGACUUCAGGAUUGAACAAGGUCGAUUUCAUAAGAAACCUUCGUUCACUAUUUUGAGUGAAAAAUCUCCUCAAUCUUCUAGAGCCCAAAGUCCACAAUUGCAAAAAGGUCGCAUUGAAUCAACACCUUUAAAUAAACGUUAUUUACAACAAAAGUCGUUGUCAUCUCAUACUAUAAAGUUUCCACAACUCACUCAUAUAGAUGAUUCCUCACGACCUUCGGUACAAUUUAAUAUGACCGGGAAGUAUAAUGCAAGCAAAUUGCCAACGCAGAAAGGUAUACUGCAAUAUCGCGAAUCCUUAACUACCUCUUCACAAGAUACACUGCCACCUCAGCUGUUGAAACGACGUAACUCAUCACUGCCUUCAAUAGUGGAUGAAACGAAAGUGGAUCGAGAGGAAAUGAAAAGCUGUGAAACUCUCCCACUUAUUACGGAUCCAUAUCGAUCGUCUAUCCCUCGCAUUAGUCGUUCAGAUUUAUAUUUAAGACCUGAAACAGCAGUAAUUCCUCCAGGAGCCUUACCGCGCCCCUUAAAACAUAAUCCUAAUCCUACGCGUAAGCAAAAGGGUUUGUUGAAAGUUUUCAAUAAUCAAGAAAGUCUUUCCAAAAUUCCUUUACGUUCAAAUUGGGAAAGUAUAGACGAUAUGUGGAUAGAACGUAGACAAAAGCCUACACUUGCGCCCUUACCUAGUAAAACUAGGCGCAGAUCUAGUUCAACAUCUCCAUCUAGAAGAAGCUCUACUGUGACAACUUCUGAUCGCAGAAGUUCAAACUUGAGUACGGUUACCACAUCGGAUUUCAGUUUUCGACGGCCUUCUCUAGUUAAUAACAAUAAAACCAUGCAAUCUUCUCAACUACAAAGGAGAAAAUCAGUUUUCCAAAUACCUAGUCCCGCGUUUAAAAGCAAAAGUUCUUUAGCUGGUGCUGCAUCAAAAAGCACAGCAAAGGGUAGAACCGCACGUGUAGCUAAACCGACAACAUUGUCGCCUAUAUUAGGUACACCAAAUAAGGACAGCGGAAGCAUUUCACCCAGCCGAGCCAGAGCGCAACGGGCAGACAGUAUUGACGCUGGCUCAGAUUCUACUUCCCGAAGAGACUCAUUAUCAAAGAUCCCCGUUCCUAAUCAAGUGACUUCUAGAUCAAAUUCCCGAAUGAGUUCACAACCAAGUUCACGAGUAGUUUCCCGAUCUAGUUCACCUUUGAAAGAAAUUUCUAUCCCGUUGUCAUUAUCUGGUCGCUUAUCACGAGCAAGUGAGCGAACGUUAUCUCAAACCGGGUCGAAAACAGUCUCUCGAGUUGGAUCGAGAACCACAUCUCGUGCCAAUUCAAGAACUCCGUCUCGUUCAACAUCGCGGGCUUCCACGCGGCCUCUAUCUUUACCAGGCUCUAGACCUUUAUCGCGUAUGGAGCAAGCUAAAGAGAUUGCCAAUUCGCGUUCAAAUUCUCGUCUAAGUUUGACUUCGAUAAGACGAGGUGGUAGUGUAUCGCCUAAUGUUGGUCGAAAAGCUCCUGUGCAAACGGUUCGAAAACGAAGGAUUUCCGUCUCUCUUAGCCCGAAACUAGGUAGACGAUUAGCCGCUAGGAGGACAUCUAUUAGUCCUACUACAAAGCGAACAAAGGUUUAUAAACGUAGCAGAAGUAAAUCACGCUCUCGAGAGGAGAGAAAGACUUCUCAGUCGCGUAUACCAAUUAGCAAAAAAUUGAGUCGAAGUAAAUCACCACCGAAAACCAAGGCUGCCUUAGAUACGGGGCUAAGAAGAAUAUCUUCUUUGAGAUUAAAUUCGACAAAGUCUAGUAAGCCACAUGCUAUUAAUAAAAAGACGCCCAAUUCUCAGCGCAAGUUAACAUCAGACGUAAAACGCGUCACUUCUGUAGAGGGGAAAAAAAAACUUUUAAAUCUCUCUAAGAAGGAGUCUACAAAUUUGAAGAAGUCUUCAACCAGUGGAAAUAGGCUUGAAAAGGAAAAAUCUUCUUUACGAAAAAAGGUACAUCUUAAAAAUGGUGGAGGAAAACUUACAAACGCAAAGACACCCAUUGUUAAAGAGGCUUCCGCGACGACGAAGCAAGCAAUAUUGGCAGAGACAAAAGGUAAAACGGAAAGUAUUUCUGCCUUGGCUGGGACCACCAUAAUCACAGCAAGUGAUGGAGAAAAAAUAAAAAGUAGAGGGGCAGCUUCAACCGUGGGUUUGACUGCGGCAGCUAUAGCUAGCCUUAAACGUCAGCCUUCGGCAGCUUCUCUAAUACGCGUAAGUUCAAGACUUAGUAUGCUUAACAAGAAACGUUCUGACGGCAACCCAAGCAAACAGGUGGUUACAGAUUCCCAUGGUACGGAGAUAGUAGAUCAUAAUUCUAGUACAGAAGAUGGUCGAGGUAAGCCUUUGCAAAAACUUUUAGACCAGCAGCACUUAGCUGGCUUGGAAGGAACGGCGACCAUACCAGCUGCCAUUUUAGAAAAAUCUCAAAAGACACUAGAAAGCGUGCAGAAAACAGUAACUGUGGCUACAGAUGAAAUACAUAAAACAAUUAACGAAAAUCUUACAAAUCUUAAGAGCUUAGAACAAGACAUGGGUAUAACGUCUAACGGAAUGAUUUCGCCCACUUCUAGCGUUACUACGGUCGUGGAAAACAAACCGACUCAAGCCGGGACAGGAGGAAUGUCUGUAUCCAGGCAAGGAACAGCGGAGAAAUUGGAUACUGAAGGCAUGCUAUCACUACCAAAUCAGACCUCGCCGACUCCGCCUUCGCAACCUAUUGAAGCUGCUGUAUCCAUUUUAAACGGUGAUACAAAAGAACCUACGCACUCGGCUUUAAGUAAUGGAUCUUUGGUUGAUCAUGGAGCCGCAGCGGCAAGGACCGCAAUAGCAGCUAAUGAUAGGACUUAUCAAGGCCUUGUUGAAGCCAAAGGUGAUAGUGCAACAUCUACUGUAGAAGUGGGACAAAUGGCUAUCGAGGACAAAUCAUUUAGCACGGGUCCAAAGAAUUUCGAAAACGAUGUUAAGCGAAGAUCACCAGAUGGUCAAGGAGGCUCACAAGCAGGCAGUGGAGCAAGUCAAGAAUAUUUAGAAAAUAAAAGCGCAUCCGAUCCCAUUGUUGAUGACGUCGAAUCGCAAAAAGGUUGUUGUCGUUGCUGUUCGCGAAUUUGCAUGCCAUGUCGUCGAUCACACUGCUCACGCUGUUGCCGACGGGACCAAAAGGCAUCUUCAACACCUACUGCAGAUGAGGGCGACCAACAACCGGUUUUAUCGGCCACUAGUAGUGCCACUACUACGAAUUUGGAAGUAAUUAAUGAGAAAUCUAGAAAUAUAGAGACGAACAAAAAAACAAGCUGUUGGCAAAAAUUGAAUUGUUGCAGAAGUUGUCAGAAACAAUCGCCAGAUAUGUUCGAUAGUAGCCAAAGGCCCGCACCUACAAUGGUCCCACCCAAGCAAAGUAAAUGCGGUUUGUGUUUAAGCAAAAUAUUCUGUUGUCGUUCGGUGAACAAAAUCGAUCCGACAACCGGUGACGAAACUGUAGUAAAAAAAUGUUGUUUUUGUAUACCAUGUCGUAAGAAACGUGAAACGAGUAAUUUGCGAGGCAGUUCGUUAAGCGGAGUAGCGUGGCAGGAUCCCGAAAUAGGUGGAGUAUCUGCACAACCAGCCGAAUUAGAUGCGCAAGAAGGAUUGGAACAAAAGGAGGGCUGCUGUAAACGGUUUUGCAAUUUUCUGUUAUGUUGUCGGAAAAGCAAAGUAGCGGCUGGAGAAGGACGCAGGGCCAGUAUUAAGCAACCCCCAGUAGAGGAUACACGUAAUCGUUUACAUGUGGAUUUGGUAGAAUAUAAUUCCAAAAUGAAAGGCGCUAUACCGAUAUUACCUUUAUAUUUAGCUUGGUUUUGUGCUAUAUGCAAUGUUUUAAUACCGGGAUUGGGUACUCUGCUGAGCGGUUUCUUUUGCAUUUGUGUGGGUAUACCGCGAUUUUCGCAAUUCGAUAGCGCCAAGGCUCGUGUGGGAUCACUGAUUAUCAAUAUUAUUGUAGCGACUGCGCAAUUGUUUUGCGUUCUCUUUUGUUUUGUGGGCUGGGGCUGGUCCAUAUGGUGGGCUUCGAUUAUGUUAAAAGUUGCAAAAAAACUUAAUAAGAUACGUAAAGUUGAACGCAUGGAAAUGGAAGAAGAAAAACGUCAAGCUGAAGCAGCAGCAGCAGCCGCAGCAACAGCCGCUGCAACGAAAGCUGCUAACCCGACGGAAACAGAAGCGAGUAAAGCUUAAAUGGUAAAAUAAUCUAAGCAAAUUUGUCCACUUCCGAAUAAAGAAGAAGCCUUCCGUCAGAAUGUGCAUACAUACAUACAUAUAUAUAUAUAUAUAUAUAUAUAUAUAUAUAUCAGAAU